AUGUCUGGUUUUUUCUCUCUAGGCGGCAAAACCCAGCACGAGCAAGAUCAACAAGAACCAAACUACAGCCAAUUCCUGUCCAAAAACGAGGAGAUCUACAGCAAGGGCUUCGAGCUAUGGCAGCACGGCUACCAAUUUCAUCAUCAGCAGCAGCAGAAGCUCCCGCCCUUCUCCGUCGCCACUAACAGCGCCAACCCAUCCGGAUCGGGCGGGUUAGGGUUUCGGGUCGGCGGGGCGGACGACGGGUCGGGCAGCUGUCAGGACUGCGGGAACCAGGCCAAGAAGGACUGCGUCCACAUGCGCUGCCGGACAUGCUGCAAGAGCCGCGGCUUCCCCUGCCCCACCCACGUCAAGAGCACGUGGGUCCCCGCCGCCAAGCGCCGCGAGCGCCAGCUGGCCGCCGCCGGCGAAAACCCUAAGCGCCUCAGGGAUCAGCCCGCAGUUGGUUCGAUCGGUUGGAUUGGAACCGGUCCGUUGAAUCAACCGAUUGCUAGCACCAGUCAAGAACUGGUCAACGAUUGA